CUAACGAAUACUAACUAAGAAAAUGAUAAUUAAUGAUUUAAUUUCCGUUAGAGUUUUUAAGACUCAGUCUUAGGCUAUUUACCACCCACCACCACUUUACUAGAAGUAGCUAGCAGUGACACUCACUUCCCACGACACCACUCUCUCUGCAAGAGUAUGGAUUAUCUCAGAGCUUUCGUGUUCCUAGUCCUUAUUCUCUCAGCCAUUUCACUCUCAGAUGCUGGUUCCGUUGGCGUCAACUAUGGUCGUAUAUCCGACGAACUCCCAUCAGCAUUCAAAGUAGUACAGCUACUUAAAUCCCAAGGAAUAGACCGGGUCAAAAUCUUUGACGCCGACCCGGCUGUUCUCAAAGCCUUAUCCGGAUCUGGAAUCCGGGUCACAGUAGAUCUCCCAAACGAAAUGCUUUUCUCAGCCGCCAAACGCCCUUCCUUCGCCGCCUCAUGGGUCAAACGCAAUGUAGCAGCUUACCAUCCUUCCACGCAGAUCGAAUCAAUCGCGGUGGGAAACGAAGUCUUCGUAGAUCCACACAACACAACCAACUACCUAAUCCCAGCUAUGAGAAACAUUCACAAAGCUCUCGUCAGUUACAACCUCCACUCCUCCAUUAAAAUCUCCUCUCCUUUAGCCCUAAGCGCGCUACAAAACUCCUACCCAUCUUCCUCCGGAUCUUUCCGACCAGAACUCGUCGAUGUCGUCAUAAAACCGAUGCUGGACUUCUUACGCGAAACCGGUUCGAGGCUCAUGAUCAAUGUCUACCCUUUCUUCGCUUACGAAGGAAACUCAGACGUGAUCCCUCUCGACUACGCUUUGCUAAGAGAGAAUCCAGGAAUGGUCGACUCCGGCAACGGGUUGAGAUACCACAACCUCUUCGACGCGCAGAUCGACGCCGUCUUCGCAGCCAUGUCGGCGUUGAAGUACGACGACAUCGAGAUCAUCGUGACGGAGACCGGAUGGCCGUCGAAAGGAGACGAGAACGAGAUCGGAGCCAGCGUGGCGAACGCAGCUUCGUACAACGGAAACUUAAUCCGUCGGGUUUUAAACGGAGGCGGGACUCCGUUACGUCCCAAAGCAGACCUCACCGUUUACCUCUUCGCUCUCUUCAACGAGAACAAGAAGUUCGGGCCCACGUCGGAGAGAAACUACGGUCUCUUCUACCCUGACGAGAAGAAAGUCUACGACAUUCCUUUCACGCAGGAAGGGCUGAAGCAUUACCGAGACGGUGGUCCGGCCACCGGGAAUCAGCGAGUCACGACGCCUCCCAACAACGGUGGUGGUGGUGUGUCGAAGAGCUUGACGGGGAGCACGUGGUGUGUGGCUAAUGGUGACGCGGGGAAGGAGCGGCUGCAGGGAGGUUUGGAUUACGCUUGUGGUGAAGGAGGUGCUGAUUGCCGUCCGAUACAGCGUGGUGCCACGUGUUACAGUCCAGAUACGCUUGAGGCGCACGCUUCGUUUGCUUUCAAUAGUUAUUAUCAGAAGAAAGGUCGUGCCGGAGGUAGCUGUUACUUCGGCGGCGCCGCUUACGUCGUUAGCCAACCACCAAAGUACGGAAGAUGCGAGUUUCCGACAGGAUACUAAAGGAAGAAGAGAAUCCAAGGGAGAAGAUUUAUUCUGCCAUAUAUAUUCGUAUCUUGGUUGUGUUUGGUUUAGGCGGAAGUUCUUAGUUAAGUUUUGGAACUUUUGACUUUUAAUUUUAUGUUGUUAAUAUCGAUUGAAACGAUGUUCUUGAUAUUUACUAUUUAGGUAGCGAAAUUAGUAUGGUGGUUAACUAAA